CUUUCUGGCCCCCACCCUUACCCCCCCACCCCCCCACUCCCGCCAAGUUGCAACCCAGAACAGUUUGUGUUUGGUGGGUUUGGGUGAUGUUCUUAGCGGACAACAGAGCAGAAUUCCUAGAACUGGGUAUGAAGGAGUGCACGGUCACAAGGAGAAAGACCCAGAGAAAAGUCAGGUUUCAAAGACUAGAGCAAUACUUGUUAUUCUGGGGCCGUCUAAGACUGCCUGUUUAUAGUCUAAGGUACGUAAUGAAAUUCGACAGCAUUGUCUUUUAGUUUGGGUGUUAAAGGGGAAGUGGUCCUUAUAAUAAACUCUGAAGAGUUGAGAGGAGGGGCAAGGUACAGAAUUUUCUGCUCAGUAGCACAAGUGGGCCCCCUGCUGGGGAAGCCAAGACAUACUGUGUCAGAACGCUGCCUGCGGAUGCUGGAUUCACGGGCCCCUGUUCUCAGCAUCUCUGGCCCAACCCUGUUGUGUGGGGGAGGACACCAGAUGGUCCCAGACACAGACAUACUGAUCCACGGAUCCACAAAGCCACUGCUCCCACACUCAGGAACCAGACCUUGUGGGUGAGAACAUACUGUCUCUCCUGCCAAAUUAAUGACUUCCUCCUUCAGCCCAGGAUUCUGCCCCAGGCAGGAAUAUAGCUCUGCAUCUACAUCAGCCCUUGCUCAGACUGCCUGUCAAAACUACCCUGCAGCUCAGGAUCAAAGAGUGGAGUUUCAGGGCACCCCCUCAGGGACUGCCCCUCUUGCCAGAAUUCCAUAAUGAAGGUCCAUGUGUUUGUAGGCACGCUGGUCAUGGUGGGCUUCUCGGUGGAAAAGGCUCCUGUUCCUGAAGUCCGGACCUGCCACUUCUGCCUCUUAGAGGACCCAACUAAAGGUUGCAUUUCAGGCUCAGAGAAGUGCACCAUCAGCAGCUCAUCCCCGUGCAUGGUGAUCUCCAUCUAUUAUAGUACCCAGGUUCAUUUCAAUGUCAGGGGCUGUGGACAGCACCAUUCCUUCCGCUGCCAAGAAAAACGCAACACCUACUUUUCGGAGUACUGGUACAAUGUCCAGUGCUGCCAGUAUGAUUACUGCAACUCCUGGUCCAGCCCCCAGCUGCAGAACCCCCCACCUGAGCCCCCUGAUAGGCUCCUGGCCCUGCCACUGCCCGAGUCCCAGAUCCAUAAGUUCUACCAGGUCCUGAACCUCUCACUACCCUUACCAAGCUUCCAUGCUGAGAAGGAACCUGAAAGCCUGGAUCCCCUGGCCACUCUGCUCCUGAAUCUGGGCUUGUCCAUGGCUGACCUGCGCCGCACCUACCUGUUUCUCAACACUUCCGGACUUUUGAUUCUUCCUCAGGCUGGAUCCUGACCCAUUACUCCUCCCAGAGUCCACUCUCUUCCAGCAUCCCACCCCUAACACCCCCGGCAUCCUGCACUGCCCUCUCGGAGAACACCCACAUUCGCUGGUCACUCUGACUCUGGAGGCCUCCCUCUGUAUCGCCAACAUUUAUAUGGCUUUGGUUUAAUUUCCUCUCUUGAAACUAGUUGGUAGUGCACUCAGUGCUGCUCUUUCUUCCCUCUAGAAAUCUCAAGCAUGGGUUCUGCCCAAGCUGUGCUGGAAAAGGUGCAGUGGUUUCCUCCAUCCCUUUCUCCUCAUCUGAAUAUUCCAUCAUCUCCGUUCACCUCCCAGUCAUCCCUUAAUCUGGUCAUCUACCAAGUCCAUUCAGAUCCACCUUUCUCCCAGGUCCUAUGUCCAUUUCUGAGACCCAGUGCCAGGCUGAACCCUCAGCAAGAAGGAUGAAGGGUAGACUUCUGUGCAGAUUUCCUGACUUGGCAUUCUGGUGUCCCUGCUUCACUCUUUCCCAACCCCACUCCCUUCCUGGUCUCCUGCGGCCCUCCCUCUAUCAUCUCUUGUCACAGUCCCUGGCCUCCUCUGCCCCAUUUCAUGAACCUCACUGAGUUCUGACACCCAUCUCUCUAGGUGCCUGGCAACAGAAGAGGGGAGGGUCUGACCUGCUAUGCUUCUCAUCCCUCAGUUUCUCUCCACAAUAAACUGGGACUGGGCUAA